CUAUUAAAAAUACAAAAAAACAGUCGCGGUCUCCGGGGCCAGCUAUGCCGCUGCCGCUGUCACUAUGGCCCAUUACAAAGCCGCUGACUCGAAGCGUGAGCAGUUCCGGAGGUACUUGGAGAAGUCUGGGGUGCUGGACACGCUGACCAAGGUGUUGGUAGCCUUAUAUGAAGAACCAGAGAAACCUAACAGUGCUUUGGAUUUUUUAAAGCAUCACUUAGGAGCUGCUACCCCAGAAAAUCCAGAAAUAGAGCUGCUUCGCCUAGAACUGGCUGAAAUGAAAGAGAAAUACGAAGCUAUUGUAGAAGAAAAUAAAAAACUGAAAGCAAAGCUUGCUCAGUAUGAACCACCUCAGGAGGAGAAGCGUGCUGAAUAGGAUUCUUCUCAGUUGAAAGACAAUGAAAAAUGGUUUUGUAUGACUUGAAUAGUUUGUAUAGUAUAUAAUCUUUUCUGAACAGAUGCUAUAGAACUCUUUUAAUAUGUUUAAUUCACCUGUCACAUUCUGUUAAAAACACAUAGAAUCAUCAAUAAAAACUCAAUAUAACUUUC